AUGCCACCCCCACCCCCUCCCCCUCUCCCCCCUCCCAUCCCCCUCUCCGGCGCACCGCCCAAGAAGGACCUCACCAAGACCCCGCAGGAGCUGGUGACCGAGUUUUGGGACCGCUUCUUCGCCAGGAAGCCCGGCAAGGUGACCUCCAUCUUCCCGCGGGCGCUGUACGCGACCCUGCUGCCGGACAGCCAACCGCGGGGCCUGUCGACGGAGGCGCGCAACGCCGCCGAGAGCUACGAGGCCGCCGCCCGCGAGUGCCGCGACAGGGUCCGCCGCAUCGUCCGCGAGUGCGCCCGCACAAAUGAGAAGUUCACCGACCCGGACUUCGACAUCGAGACGGACCCCCUCAACAACUGCCUGAACGGCCUGGUCCGCGACAACGGCGACGACGACGACGACGACCUAUUCGCCGCGGCUGUGGAUCCCGCAACUGCCACUCCUCGGCUGGACAGCACCCUCGACGCCCGGGUCCGCACCCGGGACCCCGGCCCGGAACCCCGGCGCCGUGAGUCGGCGGUGAUGCGGUUCCCUCCGCGCGGCGGCGUAGGGAGCGGGGAGUACUACAGCCCGGGCUCGGUGCACCGUCUCGACUGGGUGUUCGAGUCGCCGCAGUUCACGGUGGACGGGUUCUCGUCGUCGGACAUCAAGCAGGGCGGCAACGGCGACUGCUGGUGGCUCGCGGCGGUGGCAACGAUCGCGCACCGGCGCGACCUGAUGGCGCGGGUGUGCGUGGCGCGCGACGAGGAGUGCGGCGUGUACGGGUUCGUCUUCCAGCGCGACGGCGAGUGGGUGUGCACCAUCGUCGACGACAACCUGUACCUGCGGUCCGAGGACUUUGACUUCUACAGCGACACGUACGACUCGACGGGCCGCCGGGCCCGCGAGCACAGGCGCAAGUACCAGACCGGGUCCGAGGCGCUGUACUUUGCCAAGUGCGCAGACCCCAACGAGACCUGGCUGCCACUCCUCGAGAAGGCGUACGCCAAAGUCCACGGCGACUACGAGGCCAUCUCGGGCGGCUGGUCUGGCGAGGGCGUCGAGGACAUGACCGGCGGGGUCGCCACCACCAUCGCCACCAACAGGGUCCUGAGGAAGGAUGCUCUAUGGAGGGAGCUGGUCAACUCGGACGGCGACUUCGUCUUCGCCCUGUCGGCCAUCGGGACCGGUUGGGACUGGAAGAAAGGCGGCCUCGCCCUCGGCCACGCGUACUCCAUCCUUAAGGCUACCGAGGAGGUUGACGAGGAUGGUAAUAAGGUCAGGCUGGUGCAGAUCAGGAACCCAUGGGGUGAGAGAAUGUACAACGGGGUAGGAGAAUGGAACGGCCCGUGGAGCGACGGGAGCAAGGAGUGGACGCCGUACUGGCUCAAGAAGCUCAACCACCGGUUCGGCGACGACGGCAUCUUCUGGAUGUCGUACGGCGACAUGCUCGACACCUUCCGCUUCCUCCACCGCACGCGCCUCUUCGGCGACAAGUGGACCGUCGUCCAGCGCUGGACCAGCGUCAACGUCGGCUGGGUCACGGGCUACCUCAACACAAAGUUCCUCAUCGAGAUCAAGAAGGCCGGCAAGGUGGUCAUUGUUCUGACCCAGCUCGACGAGCGCUACUUCAAAGGCCUCGAAGGCCAAUACGACUUCCAGCUGCACUUCCUCCUCCAGGAGCCCUCCAGCGCCCCCGGCGAGCACAUCUGCCGCGUCCGACCCGUGCACCCUUGGGAGUCGCGGUCGGUCAGCUGCGAGGUGGAGCUCUCGCCGGGCGUGUACGAGGUUGUCCCCAAGAUCACGGCGUCGCGCUCCGACGGCGGCUGCGGGGGCCACCGCCGCCCCGUCGAGGACGUGGUGCGCGAGCACGCCGCGGGCAACCCGCAGAAGCUGCGGCAGGUCGGCCUGCAGUACGACCUCGCGCACGCAAAGGGCGGGGUGCCGGACGAGGACGAGCUGCUUGUUGCGAGGCGGGAGAGGGAGAAGGCCAAGAGGGAGGCGAAGAGGCGGAGGCAGAGGGCGAGGGAGAAGAGGGAGAGGAGGAGAGGGAGGAGGGGGGGGAAGCUGAGGCUUGUUGUUGAGACGAGGGGGGGGAAGAGUGAUGGUGAGGCUGGGAAGGGAGAGGUCAAGGAUGGUAAGGAUGAUGCUGGUAAGAAGAAAAGUGACGAUGAAGAUGGAGCCCCAGCUGCGAAGAGUGAGGGGAAGGUCGAGAAGAAGGAUGGGGCUGAGGCUAAACCCGAAGGCGAGAAAGGCGCUAAGCGUGUGUCGGAGACCAAAUCCAGGGAGGAGGAUGCCGCCAAGGAAGCCUCCAAGGAAGCCCCUAAGGAAGCUCCCAAGGAAGCCCUCAAGGAUGGGUCGGCCAACGAGUCGGCCUCUUCAUCCGAAGGCGCGCCGACGCCAAGCACCGAAGCUCCAGGCGAGACACCGGCGGAAGAAAAGAAGGAUCCGGUGGCCAAUGACGAAGAGGAGGAGGAGAAGGAGAAGGAAGGAGAAGAAGCCGAAGGGGAGAAAGAAGAGGAGGAGUCUGGGUCAGAGUCUGAAUCGAGCGAAGACGAGAGCGAAGACGAGCGAGACAAACUGCCGCCCUUGGACGACGACCGCACCACCCCCCCGUGGAACGCGGUGUGCGUCGUGGGUCUGCGCGUGUACGCAAAUGACCCGGAUGUCACGAUCACGCUCGUCAAGCCAAAGGAUGCCGAGGAGGCUGCCAGCCUUGCCGUCGAUACGACUCCCGCGGGUGCCACUAUGUAG